UCUCUUUUAUCCCCAUCCAAACUUUAGCUGUGGCUAAAGUUAGAUUGGCCUGAGAAGGGGUAUAUAAGCCCCCGGGGAUGUACGUAUGAUGCGGCUUCACACUACUUUCUCCUCCUUCAUCAGCCAAACCCCUGCUCAAACCGUCUCAAGAUGGCACCAAAGAAGGCAAAGAGGAGGCAGGCAGCAGGAGACAGUGGUUCCUCCAACGUGUUCUCCAUGUUUGAGCAGAGCCAGAUUCAGGAGUACAAAGAGGCUUUCACAAUCAUUGACCAGAACAGAGAUGGUAUCAUCAGCAAAGAUGACUUGAGGGACGUUCUGGCUUCAAUGGGCCAACUGAACACGAAGAAUGAGGAGCUGGAAGCCAUGAUCAAGGAGGCCAGCGGCCCCAUCAACUUCACCGUCUUCCUCACCAUGUUCGGAGAGAAGCUGAAGGGUGCUGACCCCGAGGACGUUAUUCUUACCGCCUUCAAGGUCCUGGACCCCGAGGCUACUGGAAGCAUCAAGAAGGAAUUCCUUGAGGAGCUCCUGACCACUCAGUGCGACAGGUUCUCCAAGGAGGAGAUUAAGAACAUGUGGUCCGCCUUCCCCCCAGAUGUUGCCGGCAACGUAGACUACAAGAACAUCUGCUAUGUCAUCACACACGGAGAGGAGAAGGAGGAGUAAAGAGAAAGUUAGAAGCCAAAAAAUACAGCAAUCCCUUUGCUAUUCUGCCUUCCUUUCCUCCUCUUCCUCCUCGCUGUCCUUUUGUGUAAACCCAUGUGCUCAGCCGUUCAUGGUCAAACCAAAGACUUGUCACAAUGACACAUGAGCAGGCUGAUGCCCACUGGGGGUCUAUGUCUGCUUAUGGGGAAGAGGUGAUUUCCAAUAAAAAAAAUAUUCUAUAACAUCAUUUCCACAAGCUUUUCUCAAAAAACUUUUCUUUCCUUGCAAACAUCUUCUGUCUUCUCACCUCCAAGUCUCUGUCUGCCCGAUCACUUCCGCCUCUGAGGUGUUUGUGGUAAUGAAACGUGUCUCUAUCCUUCCCUCAGUAACUGUGAAGAAGACAGGUUUACUACUGGGAUAGGGACACACAACAUAUGAGGAACUCAUUCCAAAUUUUGAAGAUGUCCUCUUGGGUGGAAAAGGUGAGAGGAAGGAGAGCACUUGCAGGUUAGGAAGGGGAAAUGUUGCCUCCUUAAAGUGCAGACAACUUUUUUUCUUGAAAAGUGGAAGAAGAAAAAACACAAAAACAUAAAAAUGAAGGAGGGGAGAGAAAUGGCCGAAAGAAAACAUUCAAAUCUUCGAUUUCUUUUCCUCCGCUCCUUCUUGCAACUAUUAAAUCAUCUUUUCUUUUUCCAUAAGCUGAACUCCUGCUAGCCUUUCCUCUGUAAAGAAUAAAAGGGUCAAACUGUGAAUAAAACCUCUUUCCUUUUG